UAUAAAUGUUUGAAGAAACAAGUCUUUUGUUAUAUGAACAAUGUUGGGUUUGCAUCUGAUGACUCAUGGUCAUUGUUCCAGUUGUCAUCAUGAUCGUUGAUAAGGGUAGAGGUAUGUUCAUAGGCGCAUAUGUCUACAUUUUCAUGAUAACUGUUUUUUGGAACUUGACGCAGGGAUUUGCAGAUGUGGACGACCAGCUGAUAUGGCCAGAAUUAUGCGCAGAGUUCCUUAAUGUCAAAAAGAAAGAAUUGAAAGGAUCAAAGAAGAUCUACAAAGGUAACAAAAAGUGUUUGUAUCUUCUCAAUCACACAACUAUGGCAGAUUUGUUCCUGACAGGCAUCAUGCUAGAAGCAAGGAUAAACUACCUGGCUAGAUAUGGAGUCAUCUUCUUCUGUCCCCUUCCAAUGAUGGCCACCUUUUUCAUGAACUCCAUCUGGUUCUUUAAGAGAGGAGGAAGGGGAGAGGAUCUCGAGCCUUUCUUCCAGUUUUUAGAUAAGAAUUUUAACUUUUUCAUGACUGCUAGGGCUCAUUUGUGUUGCUUUCCAGAAGGUCAUAGGAGCGUAAAGCCUUAUAUGCUACCACUGAAAACAGGCAUGAUCAGGUAUGCUUAUGAAAGAGAGAUUUUGGUUCAACCUAUUGUGUCUUUUGGUAUGGAAAAUGCAAUGAGUGAGUAUACUCUGCGCCUAGACUGGUCUAAAGAAACUUUCCUUGAGUAUUACGCCUGUGAUGUAAUUGACCCUAAAGAUUACAAACCCGAUGCAGAUUCUAAAAUUCCAAAGGAACAAAGGAAUCUCCUAAGUUUCAUUAAAGAUGUAGAAGAUAUUAUGAAUGAGAAAUUUGAAGAGAAUCAUGAGAAUGUAGACCCUGAUAACAAUCGUAUGAAGUUUCUCCGUGAAGGAGAAGAGAAAGAGUUGUAUAUGAAAGCGCCAAAAGAAUAUGCCAGAGAAAAAAGAAAAGAGAAAAGACAUUAA